AUGCCCUCUCGGAUUUUCUGCUCUCUGGCCUUCUUCUCCCGUGUCGUACUGUGUUUGUUCCUAGUCCAUUCGCAACCAUGCCUGCUCCCAUCACCACCCCAAGCUUCACGCCCCUGAAGAACACGGCGAUUUUCAAGCCGUUGCAACUCGGCAAGCUCCAGCUCGAGCACCGCAUUGUUCAGGCUCCUCUGACCCGCAUGCGGGCUCGGAAGGAGGCCGACGGCGUCUUCGUUCCCCACGAGCUCAAUGUGGAAUACUACAAGCAACGCGCGAACAAAGGCGGCCUCCAGCUGACCGAGGCGACCGACAUCUGCCACUACGCCGGCGGCUACCCCGGCGUCCCUGGAGUCUUCACCCCCUCCCAGCUCGCCGGCUGGAAGAAGGUGACGGACGCCGUGCACUCCAAGGGCGGCUACAUCUUCUGCCAGCUCUGGCACACCGGACGCGCCUCUCCGCCAUCCUUCCGCAACGGAACAACGCCCGUCAGUUCCAGCAACAUCCCCAUCUCGGGCAAGGCCCUCGACGGCACCGACUACGCCGCCAACCCGCCCCGGCCCUUGACCGUCGACGAAAUCCACAGCAUCACCGACGAGUGGGCCGCGGCAGCCAAGCGGGCCGUGGACGAGGCCGGCUUCGACGGCGUCGAGAUCCACGGCGCCAACGGCUACCUGCUCGACCAAUUCCUGCACGACAACGUAAACAAGCGCGAUGAUGCCUACGGCGGCAGCAUCGAGAACCGCUGCCGCUUCCCGCUCGAGGUGCUGCGCGCCGUGGCCGCGGCCAUUGGCGGCGAGCGCACCGCCAUCCGCCUCAGCCCGUACAACUACUUCCAGGACACCAAAGACAGCAACCCCAACGCGCACUGGGCGUACCUAUGCCAGCAGAUCGCGACGCUGCCGGCCAAGCCAGCGUACGUGCACAUGGUCGAGCCGCGGUUCGACGAAGCGCUGUCCGAGCAGGCGAAGCUGGACGCGCUGGCAGCGUACACGGCGGCGGCGGGCGAGGGCGUCGAAGCCGAGGCGACGGCGACGGACAAGGCGCCCAACUCGCUCGUCCCCUUCCGCCGCAUCCUCGCCAAGGGCGGCGUCAAGUUCCUGGCCGCCGGCGGCUUCUCGCGCGACAAUGCCGCGCCCGUCGUCGAGAGCGGCGACGCCGACUGCGUCAUCUUUGGCCGCUGGUUCAUUGCGAACCCGGACCUGCCUGUGCGCCUGGCCGAGGGCUGGCCCCUGAACCCCUACGAUAGGGACUCGUUCUAUGGCGCCGACCCCCCGAGCAAGGGCUAUGUCGACUAUCCUUUUUUUGAGGGCAGCGCGUGAGAGAGGGAGACAUGGUUGGUUUUAGCCGGCGUAUCUAGAGCAAGCAAGGCUAGACAUCGAAGAAGCGUAGUACACCUAGAUAGCAGGCAGUGAAUUGGAGAGAGCGAAGAUAACAAAAACAAUACCUACCUAC